GGGGGAAGGGCAGGGGUGGGCCUUGGCCGUGGUCUCACCGCGACUGCGCGGAAGGGAGCCGGACUGUAACAUGGCGACUUGCGCUGAAAUCCUGCGGAGCGAGUUUCCCGAAAUUGACGGACAGGUCUUCGACUACGUAACCGGCGUCUUGCACAGCGGCAGCGCGGACUUCGAGUCUGUGGACGACCUGGUGGAAGCUGUGGGGGAACUGUUGCAAGAGGUGUCCGGGGACAGCAAGGAUGACGCGGGCAUCAGAGCCGUGUGUCAGCGCAUGUACAACACCCUACGCCUGGCUGAGCCACAGAGCCAGGGAAACAGCCAGGUGCUGCUGGACGCCCCCAUCCAGUUGUCAAAGAUGACGGAGAGCUACGACUGUGGCACCAACCUUCCAGGACUGCUGAAGAGGGAACAGUCCUCGACAGUGAAUGCAAAGAAGCUGGAGAAGGCUGAGGCUCGACUAAAGGCAAAGCAGGAGAAACGUUCAGAGAAGGACACACUCAAGACCAGCAAUCCUCUAGUCUUGGAAGAGGCAUCAGCCAGCCAGGCAGGCAGCAGAAAGGAGAGUCGGUUGGAAUCAUCUGGCAAGAACAAAUCCUACGAUGUUCGAAUCGAGAACUUUGACGUGUCUUUUGGCGAUAGGGUACUGCUGGCUGGUGCAGAUGUGAACCUGGCAUGGGGCCGCCGCUAUGGGCUAGUGGGCCGAAAUGGGCUGGGGAAGACAACACUGUUGAAGAUGCUGGCCACCCGGAGCCUGCGAGUUCCCGCCCAUAUUUCCCUGCUGCACGUAGAGCAGGAGGUUGCUGGAGAUGACACCCCUGCCCUGCAGAGUGUGCUGGAGAGUGACACUGUACGAGAAGACCUUCUGCAGCGAGAGCGGGAGCUCAGUGCCCAGGUUGCUGCUGGCAGGGCCGAGGGCUCAGAAGCUGCACAGCUGGCAGAAAUCUAUGCCAAAUUGGAGGAGAUUGAGGCUGACAAGGCACCUGCCAGGGCAUCAGUCAUUCUUGCUGGACUUGGCUUUACCCCUAAAAUGCAGCAGCAGCCCACCCGGGAGUUCUCAGGUGGCUGGAGGAUGAGACUGGCCCUGGCCCGGGCCCUGUUUGCUAGGCCAGAUCUUCUGCUGUUAGAUGAACCCACAAACAUGCUGGAUGUAAGGGCCAUACUGUGGCUGGAGAAUUACCUGCAGACGUGGCCCUCCACAAUUCUGGUCGUCUCCCACGACCGAAACUUCCUGAAUGCCAUAGCCACAGACAUCAUCCACCUGCACAGCCAGCGGCUAGAUGGUUACCGGGGCGACUUUGAGACCUUUAUCAAAAGCAAGCAGGAGCGACUACUCAACCAGCAGCGUGAAUAUGAGGCACAGCAGCAGUAUCGCCAGCAUAUCCAGGUUUUCAUUGACCGGUUUCGCUACAAUGCCAACAGAGCCUCUCAAGUACAGAGUAAACUCAAGAUGCUGGAGAAGCUGCCAGAGCUGAAACCUGUGGACAAGGAGUUGGAAGUAGUGAUGAAGUUCCCUGAUGGGUUUGAGAAGUUCUCACCACCAAUUCUGCAACUAGAUGAGGUGGAUUUCUACUAUGAUCCUAAACACGUCAUCUUCAGCCGUCUCUCCGUCUCUGCUGAUCUUGAAUCCCGCAUCUGUGUGGUUGGGGAGAAUGGGGCUGGGAAGUCUACCAUGCUGAAGCUGCUUAUGGGGGAUCUAACACCUGUUCGAGGCAUCAGACAUGCUCACCGGAAUCUGAAGAUUGGCUAUUUCAGCCAGCACCACGUGGAACAGCUGGACCUGAACGUCAGUGCUGUGGAGCUGCUGUCACACAAGUUUCCUGGACGGCCUGAGGAGGAGUAUCGUCACCAGCUGGGCCGGUAUGGCAUCUCUGGAGAACUGGCUGUGCGCCCUGUUGCCAGCUUGUCUGGGGGCCAGAAGAGCCGGGUAGCCUUUGCUCAGAUGACUAUGCCCUGCCCCAACUUCUACAUUCUGGAUGAACCCACAAACCACCUGGAUAUGGAGACAAUUGAGGCUCUUGGCCGUGCUCUCAACAAUUUCAGGGGUGGCGUGAUUCUGGUAUCCCACGAUGAGCGCUUCAUCAGGCUGGUGUGCCAGGAGUUGUGGGUGUGCGAAGGAGGCGGCGUCACCCGGGUCGAGGGGGGAUUUGACCAGUACCGUGCCCUUCUCCAGGAACAGUUCCGCCGUGAGGGCUUCCUCUAGGCCCAACAAGCUGAGGGCUAUGCCCAGGACAUGGACUGGUCUCUCAGACCCCUGGGCCACCAUGUAGGCAACCAUCUCCAGGCCACGGACCUCCCCUGACUUUGGGGACAGCCUUAUUCCCAAAUCUCUCCUUUUGAUUGGAGCAUGCUCUGCACAAUCCAGGGAACCCCAUCUAAGGGUCUGUGAGGACUGGUCUUGUAAGUGGAAGGGGUAGGGGGGGUACCCUCUGGGGUUAUACUUCCCCCACUGCCCCAGCUCUGACUGGGCCCCAAGUGGCUGCUGUGUAAAUUAAAUCUUCCUUGCCUCAUCUCUGCUGUUCCCUGGCGGGGCUGCAAUGUGUUAAGGAGUGUAGGCUCUCUGAUUUAUUAUUCUCCUGUGACAUUUGUAUCAAUCACAAGGAGGGCGUUAUAGCAUCACCAGCCUUGACCCUGGAAGGAGACAUCGCUAAAGCCACUGGGGCUCAGAGGUCACUUGCCUGACCUUGCGGUGGGCUGGGCUGUUUGAAUGAAGGGCAGUGUGUUACAUCACUGUGGUGCUGGUCCCUGUAGUGUGGGCUCAGCCUCACUGCUUAAGAGAGUGAACUAAUUCUGUAAUCCUGCAGCUUUAGACAUGGUUUGUCAUCUGCUUUCUCCCGUGGUCUCUGGCCCAGGCUCACCCUGCUUCUUUGAUCAGGACCUUCAGGAGGAUCUGAAGAGAAACUGUCUUUGUCCCCGUUUUGCUUGGGUGGUUUCUUUAUUUUUCCUCUAACCAUGUACUAGUAAGAGUGGCCUGGGAAGAAAUUGAAAAUGGUAUCUAAUGGGAAGAAAUAGAGUACUUUGUUUUCAAAUUAAGCAGUCUUAAGUGUGGGGUGGGAUUUUUAACAGAGGUAAUAUGAUUUAUAAAUAUUGUUUCUCGAGGGCUCCGCUGCUCUAUGUAAUUGCUAUACAGAAGACACUAACAUAGAGACAUUUUGUUGCUCUCCGUGGUGAUGAAGGAAACCAGUCAACAGAAGGAACUUGCUGGCUUCGUGGAGAAUUAUAGUCACAAAGUUCAACCAAGGAAUGUUAACUCAGCUGGUGAGGUUGUUAUGGUGCAGGUAGCUGGGAGGGAGAUACCUGUUUUUGGAGUAAAGGAGAAGAGAGACAGGAAGUCUCUGCUGAUUUACCACAGAACAGGCAGUGAUGGACGAAUGAAAACAGCAGAAGAGCCACUAAUAGGCCUGCCUCCUCAGCCUCUCUCACUCCCUUUCAGAAGUCCACAGGAGAGGUUCUUCUAACUGUGUCUGUGGCUUUGUGAACCCUCAUGCUCCUAAGAGCCUUCUCACAGCCCCCAUCGCUUCUGCCAACCUCGGACCUGCAGAUGGGCCAGUCAGGGGCCAUCUUGUGUGUGAUUUGUGCCUACCUGUUUACCAGGCUCAGCCCCUUCACCUCACACAAGUUUGUGAAUCCUGAUAUGAGUUCUCCCAAGUCCUUAGAGUUGGUGGGAGUGCAGCUAAAGGGUUCUGUGACAGAAUCUGCUUCUUUUGGAGGUAGGUGACUUUGUACAAAGAACAUUGGAGUUGGGUCUAAGAUCAAGUCCCAGUGCCAUUACUGGUAAUAGAAGGAGUCACCAGACUAAGAGAUACUAGCUGUGUAAGGAAUCACUUAACCUUUUUGAAUACCUCUGCCUGGUUUCUUGAUAGGAUUGUGUUGAGGAUUAGCUGACAAGCACAUUAUGCAUAUGAUUCACAAAGUGUGGCCAGUCUGAUUUGAAGGACUAUUGUGGGAAAAGCAAAUUUUCUGAGUGAUUCCAGAGGUAGACAAGUUUGGGUUCAAAGGAAGGAAAAAUUUUAAUAGCUCAGGCUGCCUCCUGAGAGUUAAGUUUCCAGUCUCUGGGACUGUUCAGACCUGUCAGGCUCUCAAGAAGGGCUCUUUCAGGUUGGUUUCCAAUGUCAUGACUCCAGGAACAAAACAGGAAGGGCCUGUAUAUGACAAUACAGGCCUAUAUAUCAGGCCUUCAGAAAAUUGAGAUGAAUGAAUUGUAGCAGCUGAGAAAGACUACAUUAAGGGUAGGGUGAACUUUUGGAGAUUAGAAGAGGGGAGCUGGCAGAAGAUAGUUGUCUUGAGGGAAAAUAUAGACAAUGUCAACUCCAUUCCAGAAAGCACAGGGCAGAGAAAUUUGACAUGUAUGAGUGGGAAGCCCCCUGAUCACCACAGACUGCCCAUCACAGUAGCCACUCCUUUCACACUGUGGAGAGCCCAUUUAACCCAACCAUUGGGAAGCUGGUCCUUCCAACUGCUGAGGUUGGAGCUGCCCUGCUGACGUCAGGCUAAGUUCUCACUGUAUUCCAGGCAAAUUUUAGAAUGAAAUAGGGGAAAAGGUGCCAUUUACCCUUGCUGGCUAUGCCCCAGGUUAAUUUGUCAUUUUAGAAUGUAAAAUUCUAGUAAAAGCCACUCAGGAAGCCUGGGUCUGGCCCACCCACAGGUGCAAGCCAAACAACACCUCUAGCAUCAUCAGUUUAUGGUUCUGCACCAGCCUGAACAUGCCGACUGGAUGUUGGAACCUCGGGAGAUCCCAGCAGGCUAGCGGGCUGGUUUCACAACCUGGCUGAAGGGCCUCUCGGGGUCCCUGAACCUGGAGCGACGGACUCCCUUCAACCUUGCCUCCCUCCAAGUGGGCUUCAUUGCACUUUGUGCUUCCCCCGUUAUAAGCUGCUUGCCAUUAUUAAAGUUGUAAAUCCCACUUUGCCUUGUUAGCCUAGAAGGCCAGACCAUGGCUUGCUCGUCUUUGUGUCUUAUGUGCCUGCCACAGGUUGGGUUUCCUGGGAAGCAGUGUGAAGAAAUCAUGCAGGAUGUUUGUUGGGGUAUGCUGCUGGGACCAACACCAGGACUGAGCAGAGGGAGACGUUGAGCAGCAUUGGAGGCCUCGGUUGGCCCCACAUUCUAGAGCUGGAUGGCCCUGCAGAGUUGUCCUGAGUUGAGACAAUGGCUCAGGCAGGCCUUUAUCUGCUGAGUUGACCAGUCGUUGAAUGCUGGCUGCUACAAGAUGUGAAGUUGAGAAAAGAAGUUUUCUUCAGCUGAGACAAUUCUCCCAAAGGGACUGACAGCUAAGGACUUUGCCAUCAGCACUCUUAGCAGCUAGGGCAGCAAGUCCUUCAUUCCUGAAAGGAGGUCCGGGCAGCUCCUCACAGCACCUACUACAGUGCCUAGCCUAUAGACAUGUGCUCAAUAAAAGUGCUUGAGAAAUGAGUAUUGGGGGGAAAUUAUUUGAGGAAAAGUAGAGAAUGAUAUUGGAAGAGAGAAAAGGGGGAAAACCCAAGAAACCAGCCAGAAGGUCAUAACCAAAAUCCAGUCCUAAGGGCAUGGGGUUAGCACGGUGCAGGUGGAGACAAGGCUAGGGAGGAUGGUGUGCAAAUAAAGCUGUCUGCUCUGCUCAAACAAGGAAGGACUCCUUUUUCUGGGCCAAAGUCUUGAAAGCUUAGGGGCCUAAGGAACAGAUUUAAAGGGAACCUUUUUGUUUUUAAACCUCACCUUGUUUCCUUUUAAGACAAUGCUAAGGAAAUAAUUACAGAAUAUUUAUUGAGUUCUUAUUGUGUAAUAGGUACUUUUGUAAGUCCUUUACCCCCACUAAGUCAAUCUUCACAGACCUAUUAUUCCCAUUUUACAGAUGAGGAAACAGGAAGUUGACAUAGUGGGUGGCAGGACUGGGAUUCGAGCCAGUCUGGUUCUAGAGUGCAGCUCUUAACUGUCAUACUGUACUACCGCUCAGCUCCUCGUGUGACCUGCUCAAUGGUUUUGUUCAUUCCAUCACUUAAAACUCAUCAAUUGCAUGAGACAGGGGAGGGAGCUUUGAAUAAGCUCUCAGAAGAGCAAGCUGAUGAGGAGUACCUGGCAUUGGCUGACACGCUGGGUGUUCAGUGAAGUUGUUUGUUAAAUUAAUAACAAAAAACACGUGGAAAUAGUGGCAAAGUCAUGCACUGGAAUUAGCACAGCUCUACCACUAAUGGCAUCUUGGGCAAGUCGACCUCUCCUGAGGAAAUUAUCCUUAUCCAUAAAAUGGGUAUAACUCAGUUUGUCUUGCCUGCUUCUUUGGGUAGUUGGAAGGAUUAAAUGAGACAAAGCCCCGUGUAAGCUGAACAAAAAUUUUUGUGAACUGUAAAGAGCUGUGGAUCCAAAGAGUGUCAUUUUCAUGGAUGGAGUGAGGGAGCGGCAGCCUGGGGCCUCCUCUGGAGACACACAGACUGGCACGUGUGCAAACACUCCAGGCCAUCAUCAAGAUGAUUGCCCCAGGAGGGCCACCCACAGCCCUCAUCUGCUGAGCCAGGCAUCAGAAAGUGUGCUUGCAGGAGCGCAGCAUGAGACUGCCUGGCACCUGCUGAGUUGCAUGGGGUAAAGCAGAAAUCAUGCAAUUUAAGCCCAUUCUAAUAAUAUGUAUAGGUCACGUCCUGUUGGUAAUUCUAGGUUUCUAUUUUCUUAUUUAUUUAUUUUCCUUUUCUAGGUUUCUAUUUUCUUUAUGUUAAAUAAAUGGAUGGUUUGGAAGUGAUUUCUGCUUUACUGUA